GUGGGGGACCAGGGGGCCGUGCUGAAGCGUUCUCCAGGACAGUAGUUCGGUAUGUUUGUGCCGUGAGUGCGGGUGGAUGUGUAUAGUUUAAAAUCAAAAAAGAAAGAAGAUUCGCGCCGCUCAAAAACCCAGUGUUUUUUGUUGUUGUGAAUUUUUGCUAAUUUAAUGGAUACAAGGUGCCACGCAAUAAUGUGUUGUGAGUGAGUGGAUUGAGAGGAAGUUAUUUCUUCCCUUUGUGUUAAAUUAAAUUUCCCACGGAUUUCCAGUAGAAGUCCGGCCGGAGAAAUGCGGACGCUUUACGUUGUCACAGUUCUCUCAAUUCUUUGGGUGUCGACGCAACAAAAUUCCCAGGAUGGAAGAUCACAGGAAUUACCUCGGGAGGCUUAUUUCAAUGGUUCAGGAUAUUUAAUAUUAAGUUCCUUUGUCUCAGUUCAUAGACACAGUGGUCUUAGUUUUAGAACUUGUGAAUCGGGAAAUCUUUUUACACAAUGGUUCAAAAGCGAUUCAAUAAGUCUUAAAGUUAAUACCGAGGGUCUUCUUUUUGUUGCAACUGUUAAUCAAAAACGAUACGAAGUUAAAUUAAAUGCCAAAUUAUUGGAUAAUGUUUGGCACAAUGUUAAUUUAUUUUUCAAACUUGGAAAUUUAACUCUCAAUGCAGCUAAUCACAAUCAGAUAAUAGCAAAUGCCACUUACAAUUCGGCAAUUCUUACACUUCCGGAUCACAGUGUGAAUAGUUCUUUGAUUGUUGGGGACAAAUUUCGAGGUUGCAUUCUCCAAGGACCUGGAAUACUUUUUAAUGAUUCGAUCAACACAGGCGCCUUUUUUGGAUACUGUCCAUCAAAUUUCACAGGAUGUGGUUCCGGAAAGGGAGACGAAAUUUCCACCCCAAUAUCAACAAUGGACAACUGCAAACACGAGCCCUGCUUGAGGCACGGAAAAUGCGUGUCGAGGCAAAACCGUUACGAGUGCCACUGUUACAAACGAUAUUCCGGCAACAACUGCCAAAUUGACAAUGGUUCACCAUGUUUGAAAAAUCCUUGUCAAAGUGGAGGCACCUGUUUCGAGGAUCAAAAAGGUGAUUAUAGCUGCAACUGUUUAUCUGGAUAUACUGGCACUCAUUGUGAAACAAAGAUGGGCGAAAGAUUGUGUAAGGACAAUCCCUGCAGGAAUGACGCUAUCUGUGUGGAAUCAAACAACGAUUACAAAUGUGAGUGUAAACCUGGUUGGACUGGAAAAAAUUGCGAUGUCAACUUUAACGAAUGCUACUCAAAUCCCUGCUUAAACGCCGGAAUUUGUAUUGAUGGAAUUAAUAAUUAUACCUGUAAAUGCGAAAAGACUGGAUAUCGAGGUCCUUAUUGUGAGAUAAAUAUUGAUGAAUGCGAGGAUAAUCCCUGCUUGAAUCAUGGCAAAUGUUUUGAUCAUUAUGGAGGUUACACUUGUCAAUGUCCAGUGGGAUUUGAUGGAUUAAAUUGUGAACAAAAUGUUAAUGAAUGUCUCUCGACACCUUGUUUAAAUGGUGGAACAUGUGUCGAUGAUGUUGGCUCAUAUCAUUGUAAUUGUCAAAAUGGUUUUGUUGGACGUAAUUGUGAACAUUCCCUAGCAAUUCAAGCGCGUUUUGGUUCGGAGAAUGAAAAAUAUUCACCAAAUGUUUGUAAACCUGGAUUUGUUGGUAGUCCUCCUAAUUGCUCGUUCAAUUAUUGUAGCAGUAAUCCUUGUGAAAAUCAAGGUACCUGCCACAAUACUAAAGAAGGAUUUACCUGCUCUUGCCUAUCAGGAUUUAAAGGACCCACUUGUCUCACUUCCAUUUCAAAUUGGUGUUCAUUUUGUGCCAAUGGAGGUACAUGCAUCGAUACUCCUUAUGGUACAAUUUGUCAGUGUACGAGAUUUUGGACAGGAACGCAAUGCAAAGAACCAGUCACUUGUCGUGAUAUGCCUUGCAAUCAAGCGACAAUGUGUCGCGAUUAUCCUGGCGGUUAUUAUUGCAAUUGUGAGCCUGGCUGGACUGGACCAGAUUGCGGCAUUGAAAUCGAUGAAUGCAUCAGCGAUCCUUGUCGUAAUGGAGGAAUUUGCAUCGAUCAGACAAAUAAUUAUUAUUGCCAGUGUCUCUCCGGUUAUACCGGUAAAAAUUGUCAAAUAAAUUUUGAUGAUUGCGUAUCUCAACCUUGUCUAAAUGGAGGACAAUGCAUUGAUAAAGUACAUGGAUAUUCUUGUAAUUGUACACGUGAUUAUAUGGGUGAUAAUUGUGAGCUUGAAUUCGAUGCAUGUGCUGUGAAUCCUUGUACAAAUAAUGGAACUUGUACUUUAAUGCCAAGAUCGAGACGAGAUUUUGUUUGUAAAUGUCCAAAGGGAUUUGAGGGAAAAACAUGUCAGUUCAAUACUGAUGAUUGUGUUGGAAUUGAUUGUCCAGAAGGAAGAGUUUGCGUCGAUAUUGUUGAUGGUUAUGAAUGUAGAUGUCGAGAAGGUUUCACUGGUUCAAAUUGUACUGAAUUAAUUGAUCCAUGUUUUAUGAAACCUUGUAAUAAUGGCACAUGCGAAGAUCAGGGAAAUAAAACAUUUAAAUGCAAUUGUCAUGAAGGAUAUAAAGGUGAAUUAUGCGACGAGGAUGUCGAUGAAUGUGCAUUGAAUAACAAUACUAUUUGUAACAAUGGAAUUUGUGUGAAUAAAAAAGGUGGCUUUGAAUGUUACUGUAAACCAGGAUAUUCUGGAAAUUAUUGUAAUAUUGAUAUUGACGAAUGUUUAUGUGGACCGUGUAAAAAUAAUGCUACCUGCAUUGAUAAAAUUAAUACAUUCGAAUGUGAUUGUUCAGCAGGUUAUGCGGGAAAAACAUGUGAAAUUGAUAUUAAUGAAUGUGAAAGUAAUCCAUGUAAAAAUGGUGCCACUUGUGUUGAUGGAAUUGCCGCUUAUAAUUGUAUUUGUUCAUUAGGAUUCACUGGAUAUAAUUGUGAAACAAAUAUUGAUGAUUGUGAAUCUCAUCCAUGUUUGAAUCAUGGAAAAUGUAUUGACGGUCUUAAUUCAUACACUUGUGAUUGUUCAAAUACUGGUUUUGAAGGUGAACAUUGUGAGAAUAAUAUUGAUGAUUGUAUCUCAGAUCCAUGCGUGAAUGGCGCUUCUUGUAUCGAUGAUGUCAAAUCCUUUAAGUGUCAAUGUUAUCCAGGAUAUAUGGGAAAUCGUUGUGAAAUUGAUAUCAAUGAAUGUGAAAGUUCUCCAUGUCAAUUUAAUGGCACUUGCUUGGAACGAUCAAAUGAAAUGUAUUACAAAAGUGAUGCUAUUAAUAAACCUGAGAUAUUUAAAAAAGAAUUCAGCUAUUCUAAUGCAAGCGGAUAUGAGUGCCUUUGUGUACAGGGUGUGACAGGAAAGAAUUGUGAAAUAAAUAUCAAUGAAUGCGAAAGUAAUCCAUGUGAAGAGGGUACGUGCACUGAUCGUAUAGGUGGUUACACAUGUGAAUGUAAUGAAGGUUUCGAAGGAGAAUAUUGUCAACACGAUAUUGAUGAAUGUAAACGUUAUACUCCAUGUGUAAAUGGAACUUGUAUCGAUGGUCGAGCUGAUUAUUUUUGUACUUGUGAACCUGAAUAUGGUGGUAAAAAUUGUUCAGUAGAACUCACUGGUUGUCAGGGCAACGCUUGUCAGAAUGAAGGUACCUGCUGGCCUUAUCUUGUUAAUGAAACGGAACAUAAAUUCAAUUGCACAUGUCCUAAUGGAUAUCACGGGGAAAUUUGUGAUAAGAUAACAAAAAUGUCCCUGAGUGGAAAGUCUUAUGUAAUGGUAAAUACAACUCGCGACGAAGGAUAUGAUAUUCAAUUUCGAUUUCGAACAACAUUGCCAAAUGGUCUUUUGGCAAUGGGAAAGGGAUUGACUUAUUAUAUGUUGGAACUUGUGAAUGGAAAAUUAAAUUUACAUUCAAGUCUUUUAAAUAAAUGGGAAGGAGUUUUUAUUGGUAGUGGAUUGAAUGAUUCAAAUUGGCAGAAAGUUUUUGUCGCUAUUAAUGCAACGCAUGUUGUACUUUCUGCGAAUGAAGAACAAACGAUAUAUCCUAUUAAUUUAAAUGAAGGCUCCAAUGCGUCUCACACUUCUUUUCCAACAACUUUUGUCGGUGGUACGAUUACAAAUUUACGAAAACUUCCACAUGGACCACCUUUCUUUGUUGGAUGCACCGAAGAUGUUGUCAUUAAUGGCGAAUGGGUUUAUUCUGGAACAGAAUCAAAAACUGUUUUAAUGGAAAACGUUGAGUCAGGAUGCUCAAGAACAGAUCAGUGUGAACCAAAUCCAUGUGAAAAUGGAGGUCACUGCACGGAUAUUUGGCAAAGCUAUAAAUGCGCUUGCGAAAGACCUUAUUUGGGAAAUGCCUGUCAAUAUAAUAUGACAGCGGCGACAUUCGGCUAUGAGAAUAUAACCGAUGGUUUUGUAACUGUAAAAGUUCACGAUGCUGCCAGACGAGCUGUGAGAUCGAUAAUCGACAUUUCAAUGUUCAUUCGAACAAGACAAGAGAGAGGAGAUAUUUUUUAUUUAGGUUCAGAGCAAAAUACUCCAUUUGAUCUCAAGAAUCAGGAUAAAAAUUAUAUCGCCGCACAACUUAAAGGCGGAGAACUUCGUGUAACGAUUCAAUUUAAUGAAACUGAAUCUUAUAAUGUCGUUGGAGUUAAAUUAAACGAUGGCAAUAAUCAUUUAAUACAAGUAAUUAGAAAUGUAACCCUCGUUCAGGUGAAGAUAAAUGGAACUGAAUAUUUUCGAAAAACAAUAAAUGCAAGUGGUUCGCUCAAUGUGACAGUUUUAUAUUUAGGUGGUUCACCUCAUUUUUCUCGUAAUAUUCGACAAGUCGAAAGUAAAACAAUGGAAACGCCAGAAUCUCAAGUUCAUUUUAAAGGUAUUAUUCAGGAUGUUCAAAUAUCAAAUGGCAUGGAAACAAUGGUAGUGGAAUUUUUUCCUCUUAAGGCAGAAAUUAGUCCACGUUUAAAAGAUUUUGGUGAAGUUAUUAUUGAUCAGACAAAAGUUUUGGAGAAUGUAAGAUCGGACAAUGUUUGCAUUAGUAGUCCUUGUUUUCACGAUGGGAAAUGUCAUGUGACUUGGAAUGAUUUUUGGUGUAAAUGUCCUCGUGGAUAUACAGGAAAGACAUGUCAAGAAAUGGAAUUUUGUCAACUUCAAGAUUGUCCAAUUGGUUCGAAAUGUCAGAAUUUAGACGAUGGAUAUGAGUGUCUUGCUAAUGCGACAUUUGAUGGAAUUAAUACAUCUUUCAAUUAUGUUUACAAUCGAGAAGACUUUGGAUUGAAUGAAUUUGAGGAGGUCAUUGAUUCAAUUCAAAUCACUUAUAGAUCUAAUACAGGAGGAACUCUCAUGCAUGUUGCUUCGCCGUCCGGUGAUCAUUAUUUCACUAUUUCGGUAUUUAAGGAUAUGGUGACAGUUUCUUGGAAAUUGAGUAUCGAAGACACGGGAAUUCUUACAUUUGGAAAAGUUGAACCUGAUGGAAAAUGGACUUCAAUUAUAUUGAGAUUGAGCAAUCAUUCAAUUGAGAGUAUUUUUAAUAAUAUGAACGAUGACUCGGUGCCACAUUCGAGUCAGAAUUUUAAUUUUUCACUUUGGUACGAAUUGCUUGUCAAUGGUUCUGUCACUCUUGGUGGGCUGGGAACAACUUUAUCUGAUAAACAUACUUAUGAUAUGAUUGGCACUGAAAGGCAUAUUGAGAGUAGAGACAGAAUUAAUGGAAAUUCGGUUGAUUUUGGUGAUCAACGUUUGACGACUGCAUUACCUCCACACAGCAUUAUGUCCGGUGAACCGUUUAAAGGAUGUUUGGGAGAAGUAAGAAUUGGAAAAAUGUUAUUGCACUUUUUCACAAUGGAAGAGGUUUAUCAAAAUGCAAAUUUUACGCCAAUAGAAUAUUUAUAUCUUAAAAGAGAUAACGUAACAGAAACAUAUAAUCGAGAUGAAAUAGGAUGCAGUCUCUGUUUUGAAAAUGAUUGUAAAAAUAAUGGUCAUUGUAAAGAUAAAUUCAAUAGUUAUAUCUGCGAAUGUUCAGCAGGAUUUACUGAGGAUGAUUGUUCAGUGGACAUUGAUGAGUGUGAAAAUAAUGAAUGUCAAAAUAAUGCCACUUGUGUUGAUAAAAUUGCAAAAUACGAAUGUCUUUGUCAAGAGGGAUGGAAGGGUCUACACUGUAAUGAAGAUAUAGAUGAAUGUGAAACAAAAAAUCCAUGUCAAAAUGGAGGAACUUGUAAAAAUUUACCUGGUUCUUUUCAUUGUGAAUGUCCAAAUGAAUUUAUUGGUGAUAUUUGUGAAACUGUAAAAUUAAUCACCUGUAAAGAUAAUCCUUGCAAAAAUGGAUCAACGUGUCUUGAUGUUGUUAAUUUAGAAACAGGAGAUAAUUAUACCUGUAAUUGUAUGAAGGGAUAUGAAGGAAAAAAUUGCCUUCCCUAUUGUCUUAUUCAAGGCUGUCAAAAUAAUGGAACAUGUACAACCUCAUUUGAUCCACCAGAAUGCACUUGUCUUCCUGGAUUCAAUGGAAAGAAUUGUGAAUUUAAUAUUGACGAUUGCGCUCCCGAUGAUCAAGGCAAUGUUCCAUGUAAAAACGAUGGUUACUGCAUUGAUCUAGUAAAGGGUUUUCUUUGUAACUGUACUAACACAGGAUAUGAGGGUCCAAAUUGUACAGAAGACAUAAAUGAAUGUGAAUUAGGAACAAAUUGUGGGAAUGGCGUAUGUAUAAAUUUAAAUGGAACAUUCCGCUGUCAAUGUAAUGAAGGAUAUUGUGGUAUAAAUUGUCUAAAUGAAAAACCAUGCAGAGAGGAAGUGGAUUCAUCCGAAGAGAAUCUUCUAGGAAGUCAAGCAUUGGAUAUUGCAUUAAUUGUUGGACCUAUAAUUGGCUGUUUAUUCCUCGUAGCUGCAGGAUCGUUGAUCGCUUUCUUUAUGAUGGCUAGAAAAAAACGAGCGACACGUGGAACUUACAGUCCAAGUGCUCAGGAAUUUAGCAAUCCACGAGUUGAAAUGGACAAUGUGAUGAAGCCUCCGCCAGAGGAAAGAUUGAUUUAAAUUUUUCGUUAUCAAAUAUCCUAGUCCCUCGUGUAAGUUGCUUUACUUCAUCUUUUCUUUCAAUUGGAAAAAAAAAAAAAUUCAAUAGAAAAUUCAUCUCCACGAGAGAUUUUAUGAGCCGUGAUCAACUUUGACAAAGUUUCUCUCGCUUUUCUAGUCUCGAUUUUAUGUAAUUUCUAAGAAACUUAUUCAUUUCUAUCUAAUAGCAGUGUUAAAAUUUAUCAUAAAAGUUUCAUUAGAAAUGAUAAUAAGAAUUCCAUUGUGGCUCUUUACUUUUUAUCAAUUAAUCAUUCUCAACUCUAUCAAUAAAUUGUUUGAGCUUUAAUGAAAGUCUUCUUCGAAGACAAAAUAAGACUCGUCUGGUUUUCGUAUCGAAAACUGUUUAAAGUGUACUUAAUACUAUUAAAGUGUUCUUAUCUUAUUGUUAGAUUGAAGCUCUAGAGCAGAAACAAAACCCGUCCAUUUAGUGCCUAAUGUACUCAAUUGAUUAAAAAUUUUUAUAAUUUAUAGGCAAACGAAACUUAAUGCAAUUAUAAAACAUUCCGAAAUAUCACGUGUCUUAGGACAAGAUCUCCAAAGCAUAAUUGUGACUAAAAAAAUAAAUAAAUAAAUUCAUUCGCUGCGAUAAAACUAUACUGUACUUAAAGCGAAUGUAUUUUUAACAGAACUCAUGAUUUAUCUUGGAAUUUGAAAAAAAAUUUAUACAUUUUUUAAUAAUUUGAAUUAUAGAAAAAAAUAUUUAAAAUCAAAAACAUGAAAUAAUUAUUUAUUAGAAAAUAAAUUAUUUGAUUUUCUAAACUAAAAAAUUCGCAAGAUAAUCAUGUGCUCAAUUUUUAUCGAAUCUAAAAAUAAUAUUGAACGACGCGUUUUAUUUUGAAAAGAAAUGCUCAGUAAAUUAUAUUUAUAUACAUUUUAUAAAAAAAAAAAAAAUUUAUUUUGAUAGAAAUCUCAUUUUUUUAAUUAUAAAACAAAAAUUUAACUACAACUGUAUUAAAUUCUGUCGUGUCGUUCAGAUUGUUAAUUUUGUAAAUAUUGUAGUUGAUAAGUUAUCAGAUUUAAUUAUUAACUAUUUUAACGAUAUUUUAUAUGAAGAAUAGUAUUUAACGAUAAACGUAUUAUUAUUUGAUAAUAUUGAAUAUUUACCGUUGCGACCAAAGUAUAUAUUUUGAUCGUGGGAAUAAAAGCCCAAGUGAUUCUCGAUUUUUGAAAAUUCGUGAAUGAAAAAAUUUGUUUUCAAAGUUUUAAACAAUUUUGCAGAUUGUUACAGUUUUUACACUUUUUUUUUUUUUUUAAUUCAAUCAUUUUGUUUUCAAUCCCAUUAUAUAUUUAAUAUUAUUUAAAUAUUGACUAAUUGUUUAAAAAAAAAAAUUAUCGUGAAGUAAAUCUAUUUGUACAUCUGCGAUUCCGCAAGACUGAGAUGUGGAUGUGUGAUUAAUUGUUGAGGCACUGUGUGCUUGCAAUAUUUUAGAAAUUUACUCAAUUUUUGAGAUUGUUAUUCAACGAUUAGAAUUAAAUUGAAAAAAAAAAAAUAAUUGCUCUUAAUAAAUUCGUCAAACUCGAAUGUGUGGAGGAUAAAUAUAUUUUAACAUUCAAGACUUUACCGUUAUAAAAUACAUAUCCAAUUCUUAAGUAAUUUUAAUGUUAAAUAAUAUGCAAUUCGUCUCAUUAAAAUAUAUAUGUAUAUAUUAUAUAUAAAA